AUGGAUGCUCUCGCCGGCAGCCCCUUCGGAUGGUUCUGCGCGGGCGUCACCGUGCUUUUUGGGGUGACCCUGCUCUGCGUGGCCAAGAGGAGCCCGGUGGAGAAAGCAAACGUGCUGGUCUGGAGGCUCCUGCCCGUCUUACUGGGGCUGCUGUGCGUGGCCACGCUGGGGGCUGCCGGGGGGCUAGCGGUUUUUUGUGGCACGUGCCUCGUCUCCUCCGCGUACCUGGGCAGCAGGGUGCUGCUGCCCGUGGGCGACAAAGCCGUGCUCGUCACAGGAAGCGACACUGGGAUUGGACAUGCACUGGCUAAAUACCUGGACAGCUUAGGUUUUGUUGUGUUUGCUGGGGUUUUGAAUAAGGAUGGACCUGGAGCUGAGGAACUGAGAAAAACCUGUUCUCGGAGACUCUCUCUCCUGCAGCUGGAUAUAACCAAUGCCACCCAAGUGAAGGAAGCCUAUCUAAAAGUCUCAGAGAAGGUGCAAAAUACAGGACUCUGGGGAGUUGUGAACAACGCGGGCAUCCUGGGCUUCCCUGCCGACGGCGAGCUGCUGCCCGUGAGCACGUACAGGCAGUGCAUGGAGGUGAAUUUCUUUGGGGCUGUAGAGGUGUCCAAGACCUUCUUACCAUUACUUCGGAAAUCCCAGGGGAGGCUGGUUAACAUGUCCAGCAUGGCAGGAGGCAUUCCACUACCGAGGUGUGCUGCAUACGGUGCAUCAAAAGCAGCUCUGUCCAUGUUUUCUGGAGUAAUGAGGCAGGAGCUUUCCAAAUGGGGAAUUAAAGUUGCUGCAAUUCAUCCGUCAGGCUUCCGAACAGGUAUACAAGGCACAUCCGACCUGUGGGAUAAGCAAGAAAAGGAGCUGAUGGAGAACCUCCCAGCAGACACAAGGCAAGACUACGGUGAGGACUACCUCCUGGGGCUGAAGGACUACCUCCUGCGCAUGCCCGCGUACUGCGAGGCCGACCUCUCGCCCGUGCUGAGCGCUAUCCUGCACGCUUUGCUGGCCAAGAGACCGCAGGGCUUGUACACCCCUGGCAAAGGGGCUUACAUGUUCCUCUGCGUCUUCUGCUACCUUCCUCUCUGGUUCUAUGACUUUUUCAUUAGUAAGAUGAUGAAUACUGAGUCUGUCCCAAGGGUGCUGAGAGCAUCAGAAGCUGAAAGCAAGAAUCUCUAA